GCUGUGCAAAUUUAACAGAUUACUAAUUCAAAGUAAUGUUUACUUACAAUAAUUUUAUUUGUAAAAUUAUAAAUUAAAUAAAAUUCGUAAAAUAAAUCGGUUAUUUUACCACCUUUGGAAGAUUAUAAUAAUUCUUAAUAGUUUUAGUUAGUACAUUAAAUCUAUUUCUUGCUUUAUCAUUAUUAUUAGAGUGCAUUCAGUUUAUAUCUUGACUACAUAGUUGCCACUAGCAGAAAAAGUAGCAGUUGUUCAGCUUCAGAACCUGAUCGCACUUUUUAACAUGACUGAAAAUAAGUGUUUACCAAUACUGUUGAUAAGCACUAGUGAUUUCACCUGCGUCGAGAAAUUUUUAGCUGAUCUAGUGGAAGAUCACCAGCCCGCUGACGGUAUCGAUACAAGCGAAAGCCGCGUGUGGCGCAUACAGAACAAGUACUACCGCGCCGAAGUGCGUCUGCUCGUCUGGCCGGACGGAGUGCCACCGCCGCCCUACCUCGGCGGCCGUUUUGAAGCGCACGUCAUCCACUUGCGUGUAAAUGAGGGCGAGGAGGAAGCCGAGAGACGUGCGAUGGCUGCGGAUGCCGGAGGGGGUCGACCGCACAUCCGCCUGGCAGUCUUCGAAGGGCCCGAGACCGACGGCCUGGUCGCCUGGGGCCUGCGCCGUCGCUUCGAACUCGUGCCCCUGACGCCCAAAGCCGAAUCGGACGACGAGUGCGGAGCGGACAGAGCGCGAGCCGCGCUACACGCGCACAUGUGGCCAGGCCUGGAGCGAGUAGACUCGUUCGGGGCAAUCUGCCGUCCGCCGGACUCGCUCUCGGGGAGCAGCGACGAAGCGGACGAGGGCGAAGAGCAGUGGGGCGAGUGGGAGGCGUGGGGACUGGUGGGAGCGGCGCGGGAAGCCCGCGGGGCUCUCGGGGCCGAGCCGGACGCCGAGCGGCGGCUGAGAGCGGAGACACUGCUGCAGGCCUUUCUGUCCACGUUCAGGCCUCGCGCUCCUUGAUGGGGAAUAUUUAUUAUUCCUUGUCCUGUGAGCCCACUCUUGUCUACGGGGAGACAGGAGAGGAUAGGGGGACAAUAAGUUCAGCCGAGUGGCUUUAGGCGCCUAACAAAAGUAAAUCACCAUAGUUUAUCUCAAC